AUGCUUUCCCGACAGCGCAGCGCCGACUUUCAUUUUGCCCUCCUCCAUUCGACCUCGGUCGUUACUGGUCAGAUGUACAACCCACACUCUCCCCCAACUGGUGGAAUGUUAGACAAUGUAAAUGGGAGGGCGCACCUCCUCUCAUACUAUAUCCGCCCUAGUGAUAACAACCGUAUCGCUCUUAUGGUCGCCGGUCGAGACUCCGAGCAUCAGGAUGUCUUGCCACAGCAUCACCACUAUAUGACCGUCCCCGUGGUUUCGGCCCCGCAUCCGUUGGCUGAGCUAUCCCGGCUCGAAUUCGCCAAGGCUCGUGAUGCUAUUCUCGAAAUACAUGGCGCAGGCCGUCCGCUCUUCUUCCGUACCAUCUAUCUUCAAGAGCCGGCCAAGACGGUGCUGCUGGCGUUCCUCGAAGCCGAGCAUGCCGGCCGCCUGACCGACGCCACCCCGCGCCCCACUAGAACCGCCUUUGUCGAGUACGACGUGCUUACAGCAAACUCUCAGCUCUUUCACCGUGCUGUGGUGAAUGUUGCGACCGGCCAGGUCCUCUCUAAUGAUCAGAUUCCACGAAAGAACAAUGGAUUCCCGCACUACAAUGUCAACGAAUUCCAACUUUUUGAAGGAUAUUGCAUGAAGUCUGAGAAGGUCAAGGAAGCUCUCAAAGAGUACUCUGUUCCUGAGGGCUUCGAGUAUUGUAUUGAUCCAUGGCCAUACGGCGGUCCAGAUGAGGAUGACGGCAUCCCCAAAGUUAUGCAGGGUCUCAUCUUUGUCCGCGAUGCUCGCAAGAACAAUGCAGACACUAACCAUUAUGCGUACCCCAUCCCACUGAUCCCAGUGAUGGACUGGUCGACCAAGGAAAUCAUCCGCGUUGAUCGCCUUCCUACUGGAGGUUCUGAAGAUGGCAUGGAGCCUUCCGUUGCGUCCAAGGCGCCAAGGAACAUCUUUGCCAAGUCUGUCGCUGCGGAAUACGCCCCCGAGCUACUGGACAUUCCCGCUCGCGCUGACCUCAAGCCUCUCAAUGUUGUUCAGCCCGAGGGUGCGUCGUUCAAAGUCCACCCCGACAACCUCAUUGAGUGGCAGAAGUGGCGCUUCCGCCUUUCCAUUAGCCCUCGCGAAGGAGCGGUUCUUCACGACAUUUGCUAUGACAACCGUUCCGUUCUCUAUCGUCUUAGCUAUAGCGAACUCACAGUUCCAUACGGCGACCCCCGCGCGCCUUUCCAUCGGAAGCAGGCGUUUGACUUUGGCGACGGUGGAAUCGGUCGCGCCGCCAACAGUCUCAAGCUCGGCUGUGACUGUCUGGGUGCCAUUCACUAUGUUGACGCCUGCUUUCCCGCUGCUGACGGAUCGCCGACCAAGCUAGACUCAGUUGUCUGUCUUCACGAACAAGACGGUGGUAUUCUGUGGAAGCACACCAACUUUCGCACUGACCGUGGCGUUGUCGCUCGCAUGCGCGAGUUUGUGGUUCAAUUUAUUGGCACGCUAGCCAACUACGAGUACAUUUUUGCCUUUAAAUUUGACCAAGCGGGUGGUAUCACCGUUGAGACACGCGCCACCGGGAUGGUGAGUGUCGUUGGUAUCGAAGACGGCAAGACUAGCAAGUACGGCAACGUUGUCUCGCCCGGUAUUUUAGCUCAGAAUCAUCAGCACAUUUUCGCUGUGCGCAUCGACCCUGCCAUUGAUCUUUUUGGCAGUGACAAAAAAGGCCAUACUCAGGUCGUCGUCGAGGAGAGCCACCCCCACAAGAUGAACGCAGAGACCAACCCAUACGGUAAUUACUACGAAAUUCGACGCAGUGUAGUAGAGCGCGCUACUUGGAUUGACUCGGAAGUGCGCCUUAACCGCACCAUCAAGCUGGAGAAUCCGGCGAAGAAGAACCCCAUCUCGGGCAAGAGCGUCGGUUACAAACUCAUCUCGCCCGCCACUCAGAUGCUGCUAGCGGACAAGGAGAGUCGCAUCGCCCAGCGCGCGCGCUUCGCCGAGCACAAUUACUGGAUAACUGGUCACCGUGACGGCGAGUUGUGGGCUGCGGGUGAAUUUACCAAUCAAAGCACUUUCGAAGAGGGCGGUGUGUCCGACAUGGUCAAGCGCGGUGAUGACUUUGCUGUGGAUGGAGUGCAGCCCGCUGGCCAAACGAGCGAUCCGGUCGUAUGGAGUGUAUUCGGCUUCACACACAACCCCAGAGUUGAGGAUUGGCCAGUCAUGCCUGUUGAAAUCCACCAGAUGCAUUUGCGUCCGGCUGACUACUUCACCGCGAACCCAGCGUUGGAUGUGCCUACGAAGAAGAAUGAGACCAGCGUACUCGCUGCAUGCUGUGGCGGAGAUGACAAGGCGGCCGAGGCAAAUGGAACAAAUGGAGUAAUUGGUGCCCACUGA